CAUCCCUACCAUGGCUCGUGCUGUCGUGGUCAACGCGGCCCAGCUCGCCUCCUACUCCCAGUCCAAGCAGUUCUUACUGGACUCAGGCUACUUCUCCGACAACAUCCUGUGCCAUUUCUGCGCCAGCAUGAUCAGUGGCUUGGUCACCACUGCCGCCUCCAUGCCCGUGGACAUCGCCAAGACCCGGAUCCAGAACAUGAGAAUGAUUGACGGGAAGCCAGAAUACAAGAACGGGCUGGACGUGCUGGUGAAGGUUGUCCGCUACGAGGGCUUCUUCAGCCUGUGGAAGGGUUUCACGCCCUACUACGCCCGCCUGGGCCCCCACACCGUCCUCACCUUCAUCUUCUUGGAGCAGAUGAACAAGGCCUACAAGCGUCUCUUUCUCAGUGGCUGAGGCAGGCAAGGGGCCCAGAGCCGGUGUGCCAGGGCUCCCCUCACCCGCUGCCCCCACAGUCAAUGUGCCCCCGGGGGCCUGGACUCCGCUGCCCUGGGCCCCUGUAUUUAUUUUUCCUCCACGGUCUGGUUCUCUCCUUUGCGGUAAAGGACUUUGGUCUGUCCUACCCCUGCGUCACCUCGCCCUCCCUGUCCCGAUCCUCGUGACAUCUCUGCCCCUGGCUGUGCCUCAGAGGGAGCUGGGAAACUCCCUGAGGAUUUCCGGUCUCCUCUUGGGUGUUAGCUUCAGGGCAUGUAGGACAGCAGAGGACCCGCCUUCUCAGUGGGUAAACCAAGGCAGAGCUGAGGGGACAGGAGACGGCAGAAGCCGUUGGGACGGUCACAAGGUCUGCAGUGGGAGGACGUGACCCUUCCUCCACCUCACUGAGGACAUGAUCAAUAAAUCGGAUUGAUGACA